GUGCGACAGUCGAUUCCACGAAAGUGGCCAAAGUGGUGGUAACAUAACAGCCACCCAAACCCCAAGAGUGGCUUAAAGUGUGAUAUUUUAAAAAACCCAACACCCAAUACGUCAAAUAGUGCAUAGACAGAUAGUGCUAUAUCUUAACCGCUUCACCAGCUGUAAUCGGGAGCCAUGAGGAUCCAGCGGCAUUUUGUGUUGGGUCUGCUCGGUGUGCUCUCCUUGGCCAUCGUUGGCAGCCACUCGAAGGCUGUGGCGGAUCAGCAGCCAGCCGGCUCUCAGGUGGACAGUAAGUCCGUCGCCCAGCAGAGGAUCGAUCUGGGACUCUCCGAUGCCCUUAUCCACGAGCAUCACGUACACGAGCACAUUGAGCACCACGAGCACCACCAUGAUCCAGGCUAUUGGAAGAAGAAGGUCACCUGGAAGGAGGGCUGGAAGAAGAUCUGGAAUCCGGCCAAGAAACAGAUAUGGAAUCCAUCCUGGAAGAAGAUCUGGAAACCUCAUUGGGUUAAAGUACCUGGUUGGAAGGAAAUCCAGGUCCCAGCUUGGAAGCAAAUCUGGGUGCCACACUGGAAAGAAAUCUUAGUGCCAGCCUGGAAGGAUAUUCAAGUUCCCGAUUACAAGCAAAUCUGGACACCGGAACUAGUCAAGGUUGGUAUUCCUGGAGAGAAAUACCUGGGUAAGGAUCACGAUGGCUGGGAAUAUACCAGCCACGAUCUGUGGAAGAAGAAAGUAGUCUGGAAGUCGCACUGGAAAAAGAUCUGGAAGCCAGCCAAGAAGCAAAUCUGGGUGCCCGAGAAGAAACUGGAAUGGAAGGAGGCCUGGAAGCAGUACUGGAAACCAGCCAAGAAAGAGAUCUGGACUGACAAAUUGGAAUGGAAGGAGGCAUGGAAACAGAUCUGGGUGCCCGGCUGGAAGGAGAUCUGGGUGCCUGGCUGGAAGAAGAUCUGGAAGCCAGUGGUCAUAUCCGAGUGGUUCCCCUCGCCCGAUCAUCAUCAUCACCACCACGAGCAUGGCUGGGAUUGGGACCGAAAGGAUACGGCUGCCGCGGCAGGCAAGGACAAGGUGGUAUGGAAACGAGAUGACACUAAUGCCGCCGGAAAGCCAACCCUACUGCAGCCUGUGGCCAGUGCCGAUUUCCAGGCCAAGUCGCUGGAGGCGGCCAAGUCCCCAGUAGCUGCUCCCGCAGCAGCCACCUCGCAGUCGUUCAAGUUUCCCGGCGCGUAGGAGGCAUCGCCAUUGCAUCUCUGAACUGGCAUUACAUCACCCCGAAUGGCCAGUUUCCAGCUCCUUGUAAAUAGUCGUAAACCAGUCGCUAGCUCAUAAGGCCAUCCAUCCACUCUCUUCCAUUUGCCUUGGCGCCACUUUAAAUUAUCUCUAGACUUUAAUUACCAGCCGA